AUGCAUAAUCCUGUAGACUAUUAUUAUUCCAACGAUUACUAUUUAUCAUAAAUUGCAAAUGGCAACUUAAAUCGGCUUAAUACUUCCUAUUCUCCUAAGAAGAUUAUGAUGAGUGUCAUCAAAAAUGAUUGCUAACCAAUUAUCAAGCAAAAAACCUUUAACUUAGAAUCAAAAGAAAUACAUCCUCAUAUUAUGAGACAUAAAUUAAUUUAACAAACUUUCACUAAAUUUGCAGAAACUAUUCUUAAUGUCACUAACUGUUUUGAUAGCAUUACAAACACAGCCCCAAAAACAGAUAAGUUUGCUUAAAAAUUGAAACAUAAAAUAAUAACUCCUUCUAUUACUUCACCUCAGCCUCAUAAUCAUGAAAUACACAGAACUCCAGGCAGACUCCACAAAGGGGUUUUGCUUAAAAAUCUUGAUAAUUCAAUAAAUUAUAUUGAUAGAUCAUAUAUUUUAGAUCAUAAACAAGAAUUUGGAGCCUUGUCGAUGAGUCCAAAACCUAGGAUUAUUGAUCGUCGUUCUGAAUUAUCUAGGUAAAAACAUAAGCAAAUAUCGAAUACUUCAAAUAACACAAGCUAAAAUAAAGAUUUAUCAAAAUAAAUGAUUGUUAGAAAAUCUCGCAUAAAUAAGGAAAUUUUCAACAUUUCUCUUAAGUAAACUGCUUCCAACUUGAUUAAUUAUACUAUUGAAGCAAUGAGUGUUGAUUGUUUUUACACAAAGAUUAGUCUAAAUCAUAAUAAUAAUUUAGUUUUUAUUUAAUUUGAAAAUGUUUUGGGAUAUGAUGAAUAAAGUUACUUUGGAUUGCAACCCGAUUUUAUUACAAGCAAGCAAUACAACGAAUAUAUAGUUUUGAGAGAUCAUUACUUUUAGAGGGUUUCAUCUUCUCAAUCCUUCUAUAUACUAAAAAAUUUCAAAGAAUUAUUGAGCUCUAUUUCUCGUGUGUAUUAAGUAGGUUUAUUUACAGUACAAUACCCUUAAUUACUAAAAGAAUUUCUAUAAGAAAGAAAAUUAAAAGUUAAUUGUGGAUUUUAAAUUGUAAAUUAUAAAAUUGAUACUUUUGUAGUAGAUAUUACUUAGGUAUUAACUAAUCUUUAAAUACUAACAACCGAUUUAUUAAUAUUAAUCUAACCAUUCCAAAUAUUAAAUAAAUAACAAUCUCAUAGUUGUGCUAAUUCAGCAAUUCCUUAUUAUGAAUAUCACGGUUAAAGGUUCUUUUUACAGAUGAAAAAAAGUCCGAUUAGAAUUUUAUUGAUUCAAUACAAAUUUGAUUGA